CGAUGACUCACUCACGCAAACACCCAACAUUAGACAUCCCUCCCACAAAUGUGUCCCGGUAGACGGCUCAGGUGCGCCGACCGGUGUGCAAUUCUACCCUUUAUGGCUUAAACGUCAGAUCCUUCAGGAUCAAUGAGCCUCAUGGACAGCAGACAAUCCCCGGCGGCGCAUUUCGAGCUAUUCCUCUCUAGACCGAGGCCGAACCCGACGCCGAGACGGCUUCGGAGUCGUAGUUUAUACAAAAAGAGAGCGUCGGCUCCGUGGUCGGCUCAAUUAAAUGGGUAUCGUAUAUUUCCUACUUCUCUCCCGGCUACCGCUAGCACCUUGACUUACUCUGCUAUUCGCAUCUUCCCCUUCCUCUUGACCAAUACGCGUGUUCAGCACUUAGAAGACAAAAGCGCUGCCAUUUUCAAGACACGACAGCCGUAUUAGUGAUAGGGCUUUCCACCACUUGAGUACCGCCUGUUGUAAGCCCAGCUUAUUAUGCCUUCUCAACAUCCCUAACUACCGUUUCUUGCUCCAGCUCCGACUCACGCGUUUGUGUGAGCUGGGCCUGGGACUGGGUAGGCGUCUCCUGUUCCAGCAUAUAAAUAUCAUCAUCAAGCUUAUGGUGUCUAAGCCAGAAGACAAUCGUCUGGACGAAGAGUGCAAUUGCUGGACCAGCC